AUGUGGAAGCAAUUGGCCACUUUCUUAUCGCCGUAUUCGAUCCGCGCCAAUGUUCACGUACCUGGCAUCAUAUCCUCUGAGAUGUCUCAGUCGCUCCUCCAAAGCUUCGGCUCCGACACUGAGAGCGGAGGCAAUCUGUCAAGGGCUGAAAUCCCCGUGUGCCGCGCAGGUACUGGGGAAGAUGUGGCGAGCACAAUCCUCUACCUGGUCAGCAAUACCGAGGCCUUUUUGCAUGGAACCAUAAUUCCAUCAGAUGGCGGAAGGACUUCUAUCACCCCGGCUGCAUAUUGA